UGGCCUCAUCUUUCUUCCUUGCUGCAAAACACUUCUCGUCCUGAAGCAAUGGAUCGCCUGCCAACUGAGCUUGUUCUCGCCAUCGCGGACGAGGUGCCUGAACAUACAGAUCGUCUCAAUCUGCUCCGGGUGUGCCGCGCCUGGCGCGACACUUUGCUCGAGGCUGUUUACAGCGCCGUCGAACUCGAGACCCUGCAGAUACCGCAACUCAUCGAGACUCUGCUGGGCAAUGCUCAGAUCGCCCUCUCAGUCCGCCGUAUAGAUGUCUUGAAUCAGCAUGGAUUCCGUCAACCGCCCGACUAUCCUGUUAUCAAUGCAGACGUGCGGGCCCUCGUGGACAAGAUCGCCAAGUCACCACAAAAGGCCACCGACUGGUGCAGAGAUCUGCACGGCUCUCAUCCAGAUGCAUGGACUGCCAUUUUACUUGCACUUGUACCCAAUCUCACGACACUCACCUGGGGCGCCGCUGGGCCUUCCUUGUGGAUGUCAACCGUUGUCCUGGGAGCUUCCUACCGAGAACCUCCAUUUGAUACACAGCCAUCGUUGCAGUCGCUCAGUAGAGUGGAAUUCACAGUACAGGACCCGGAUGACCCUACGGACUACAUUUCUCUUAUAGAAAUAGUUUCAUUCCUACGCCUACCUUCUCUUCGACAUCUCUCCAUGGAUAAGGUCAAGGACGGGCCUUACGCCAACGGUGAAUUGCCAAAGGUCCGCGCGGCCCACUUUAAUAUGAAAGAUGCUGUCGGUACAUCGCCUAUCGAAACCCUCAACUUAUAUACUCAGUGCAAUCUAAACUUCGGGGCGGGGCUUUUGAUCAGCGCGUGCGCAAACCUCAGAGAAUUCGUCUAUCAGCAUGAAAACGAAGUCGAGGAGAUUGGCUACCGCGACUUUCGUGUCCGGGCAUUUCGCGAACCGUUAUUGGGCCAAAGGCAUAGCCUUGAGGUACUGCAUCUAAACGACAAGGGAGAGUCUGGGGUCGGGAUAGAGGAGCCUGAUGAUGCGGACGACUUUGACCCGGCUGACCGAUGGUUUGGCUCAUUUGCCCAGUUCGAGAAGCUGCGCGACCUCCGCAUACGGGCCCAGAAUCUCCUCAACCUUCAUCCCAGCGAUAAUCACGCCCUGCUCGUUUUGAAAGACGUCUUACCGAGGAGCUUGAAAUCGCUCCAUGUGGCGCACUGCGAUGAAGCACAUUCGGCUGUGCUCGCGGACGGCCUUCUCGGUGUACUUUCCGGGCGAAAAGAGCUGUUCCCUGACCUGGAGCAAAUAUACAUUUAUUCAGCAGUCGCGGAGAGCUCACACCCACAGCCAAGAGGGCCCCAUCGCCCGCCAGCAGAUGUGCGUAUCUUGGCUGCGAUAGACCAGCAUUUCGCACCGAUCCAGGCCAUGUGUAAGCGAGUUGGGAUUGCCUUCAACCUCUCCUUGCGUGAUGAUUACAAGAUAGUGUACCUGGGUGGGAGUGUCUAACUUCUCCCUCACUUCCCCAUUUACCGCUUCCCCACGUUAAGCUACCGAAUCCAUAAUUUUCCUCUCCAAAUAUAUCUCUGUCAGACUUCCCAAGCUGGAUGCUUCUGUUUCCAAAAUACCUUACUAUGACCAGGACAACAACAACAGGCUGGCUGAAUGGGAUUCCGAGGCCGAUGACUACCUGACCACCUGAGAGCCUAGUUUCUUGCUUUCCUCAGGUAUCCUCGCAGAUGGAUGUGGAAACCCUGUAUGUGAUACUCGCCAUCACCCGCAUCAUAUCCGUACUGGAUGAUCUCGCCUCUGCCGAUAGGACGAGUUUCCCUGGUACUGUAGGUCUUUUUGUUCCGCCUUGUCCAAACAGUCCAUUUGUGCCUUGAUGAAACUUGGGUGAGGGUGAUGGGAGAUUAUGACUUCCAAAACAGGGCA